ACUCCAGGCUUCCAGGGCAUCCGUCCCAUCACUCGCGCUUCGUCCUUCCUCUAUCUGUUUCCUGCAGCGGCGGCGAAACCCUAGCGAGCGGAACCAGCGGCGGCGGGCGCCAUGGCGGACGAUGAUUACAAUGAAGUUGACAUGGGGUACGAGGAUGAGCCCCCAGAGGCUGAUAUUGAGGAAGGGGUCGAAGAAGAUCCUGAGAACAAUGAGGAUGCCCCUGAAGACGUGGUAGGUGGCGAGGGUGAAGAAAAGGAACAGGAAAAGACUCCUCGUCCACGCAAUACAUCAAAAUAUAUGACUAAGUAUGAGCGUGCACGCAUCCUGGGUACACGUGCUUUGCAGAUAAGCAUGAAUGCCCCAGUUAUGGUUGAGCUUGAAGGAGAAACAGACCCUCUUGAGAUUGCCAUGAAAGAACUGAGAGCACGUAAGAUACCCUUCACAAUCCGGAGGUACUUACCUGAUGGAAGCUAUGAGGACUGGGGAGUCGACGAGCUCAUUGUGGAGGACUCCUGGAAGCGUCAGGUUGGUGGGGGCUAAAGCUGCUAGACUGGUCGACAUGAAAGGCGUUCUGCUGCAACUAAGCUUUGCCCUUGUAGCUGUGGUCUAUAAAAAUGAACUGCGGUAAUGAUGUUAUAUGACCGUAUCAUGUGUAGCCUAUGACUGCCUUAGUAGCGGUAUGGAUAAUGUAAUGGAAUUGCAUCAGUUUGUAUGGACCAGUGCUGGCAUGCGGUCGCAGCUUAAUCAUGUGAAUACCGUGUGGACUCUAAAAAUCCACUGUUUGCUUUUUUUUUAAUCUUUGGACUAAUCUAGCAUCAGAUAUGCUCGGUGGUGGUUAGAAAUUGCUGUGCAAA